GCCCUCAGGUGCGCUUCCGCCUCCGAGGCCCGGCAGCUUUGUGGUCGCUAGGCGACGAAGUGUGGGCGGUGCGAACCUGACAAGGAGGCGGGACCAGUUGGAGGCGAGGCUGCCGCCGCCGCUGCAUCCUUCUUGGGCCGCCAAUAAGGAGAAGGAGGAGGAGGAUACAAGACGAGGCGGCGGGUGGUGGUGCUGUCACACCUGUUCGUUGUCUUUCUCCCCUUCGCUACUAUGGCUGAGGCUGGCGGGCUCCAUCCCUUGUUGGGUAUAGAAGAGUGCUGUCCCUCACUCUCCCCGGCGACGUGCCUUCCUGUUGGGACCGGGAAAAGGUCCCUCCCGCUCCUCUUCUCGCUGCUGCUUCUCUGGGCAGGUGCUGUGGCCCGAGGGGAGAACCUCCACGCCUGCAAAGAGUCUGAAUACCAUUAUGAAUACACAGCAUGCGACAGCAUAGGCUCCAGAUGGAGAGUAGCUGUGCCACACACUCCAGGACUCUGCACCGGCUUGCCAGACCCCAUCAAAGGCACAGAAUGCUCAUUUUCCUGCACAGCAGGCACGUUUUUGGAUAUGAAAGAACAGUCAUGCAAACCAUGCGCAGAGGGCACGUAUUCUCUGGGGACCGGCAUCAGGUUUGAUGAAUGGGAUGAACUGCCCCAUGGUUUUGCCAGUGUGGCAACCAAUCUUGGAGUUGAUUACAGCCUCACAGAAUCCUUGGGAAAUUGUAGCAUGUCAACAUGGACUCCUAAGGGAGAUUACAUUGCCUCCAACACAGAUGAGUGCACUGCCACUCUGAUGUAUGCAGUUAAUCUCAAACAAUCUGGCACCGUCUCCUUUGAGUACAUCUACUCAGACAGCAGCAUCGUCUUUGAGUUCUUUAUUCAGAAUGAUCAGUGCCAGCCCACAGUAGAGGAAUCACGAUGGAUGACGACCACAGAGAAAGGGUGGGAGGUGCACAGUGUAAAGCUGAAUCGUGGCAAUAAUGCCUUAUAUUGGAGAACAACAGCCUUUUCUGUGUGGUCCAAAACUCCCAAGCCCGUGUUGGUGAGGAACAUUGCAAUUACAGGAGUAGCGUAUACUUCAGAAUGCUUUCCUUGUAAAGCAGGCUCCUACACAUCCAAAUUGGGUUCCUCAUCCUGCCGACAGUGUCCAGCAAACUCCUUCUCUAGCAAGGGAGCAACUGCCUGCCAGCAAUGUGAACCAGCAAUGUAUUCAGAACCAGGUUCUUCAUUAUGCAAGCCACGCCCAGCCUGUACAGAUAAGGAUUACUUUUAUACUCAUACAGCAUGUGAUACAAAUGGAGAGACUCAGCUAAUGUACAAAUGGGCUGAGCCAAAGAUCUGUAAUGAAGAUCUUCCAAAGGCUGUCAAAUUGCCCCCGUCGGGCAUAAAAACUGUGUGUCCGCCUUGCAACCCUGGAUUUUUCAAGACAAAUACCAGUUCCUGUGAGCCCUGCCCAUAUGGAACUUAUUCGAAUGGGUCUGGUUGUGUUAACUGUCCUAUCGGGACUGAGCCAGCACUAGGUUUUGAAUAUAAAUGGUGGAACACUCUGCCCUCUAACAUGGAAACAACAGUCCUCAGUGGAAUUAGUUUUGAAUACAAGCAAAUGACAGGAUGGGAAGUGGCUGGUGAUUACAUCUACACAGCAGCAGGAGCUUCUGACAAUGACUUCAUGAUUUUGACAUUGUUGAUUCAUGGAUUCAAUCUUCCACAAACGGUAAUGGAGGAUUCUGAAAAUAAGAAGAUAGCACAAAUAACAUUUGUCUUUGAAACUAUCUGCAGUAUGAAUUGUGAGCUUUAUUUCAUGGUGGGUGUGAAUUCCAGAACGAACACACCUGUGGAAACCUGGGUUGGGUCUAAGGGAAAGCAAUCCUACACCUACAUCAUUGAGAAGAAUGCCACCAUGAGCUUCACAUGGGCUUUCCAAAGGACAGCAUAUCAUGAGGCGGGAAGAAAAUACACAAAUGACGUUGCCAAGCUAUACUCUGUCAAUGUGACCAAUGUCAUUGAUGGUGUAGCUUCCUACUGCCGGCCAUGUGCUCUCGAAUCUUCUGGUUCAUCCUGUACUUCCUGUCCCCAUGGACACUACAUUGACAGAGAUUCUGGUGGCUGCUAUCCAUGUGCAUCUAAUACUUAUCUGAAAGCUCACCAGCCUUAUGGCAAUCAGGCUUGCAUCCCUUGUGGCCCUGGCACAACAAGCAACAAGAUCCAUUCUCUCUGUUACAAUGAUUGCUACCUCUCAGUCCACACAAAUGGCAGGACUCUGGAGUAUGAAUUUUCAGCACUGGCCAACAGCACAUCCUUUCUAUCAGGACCCAGCUUUACCUCAAAAGGACUGAAGUAUUUUCAUCACUUCAACAUCAGCCUCUGUGGGAACAAUGGAAGGAAGACAGCUACUUGCAUUGAUAAUGUCACUGAUAUACAUGACCUUGGCAAGGAGACAGAAUUCUCCAAAGCAACUUUGUCCUACAUAUGCCAGUCUGUCAUUGUCCCCUCUGACGUAAUGGGCUACAAAACAGUGAUGUCUUCACAGCCUGUGAGCCUGGGUGACCACUUCAUAGGCGUAACAACACAGCCUAUUCUGGACAACAUAACCUCUCUUGCUGAUGAUUUCCCUGCUAAUGUGGGCUUACCAGAUGUGAUAUUCUUUUACAGAUCCAGUGAUGUGACCCAGACAUGUAAUGAGGGGAGAGCCACUGCCAUCAGAAUGAGAUGUAAUCCCCUAAAGCCACAGACUGGAACUUUUUCUGUGCCAAACAAAUGCCCUGAUGGAACCUGUGAUGGAUGCACUUUUCAUUUCCUGUGGGAGACUGUUGAAGCUUGCCCCCUUUGUUCUACAGAUGAUUAUCAUGCCAUCACCAGUGCUUGUGUUGGAGGGAUACAGCGAACGACAUAUGUCUGGCGGGAGCCAAAGCUCUGUGCAAGAGGCAUCCUGCUCCCAGAGCAAAAAGUCAGUAUCUGCAAAACCAUGGACUUCUGGCUCAAAGUGGGAAUUUCAGCUGGGACUUGUGCUGCUGUUCUGCUAACAGCUAUGACAUGCUACUUCUGGAAGAAAAAUCAGAAACUGGAAUAUAAAUAUUCAAAGCUAGUGAUGAAUGCCAGUGCCAAGGACAGUGAGCUGCCUGCUGCUGACAGUUGUGCCAUCAUGGAGGGGGAAGAUGUAGAGGAUGACCUGAUUUUCACAAGCAAGAAUUCUCUUUUUGGCAAAAUAAAGGCAUUCACUACCAAGGCUUUUCUUAGGUACAGUCAGGGUUGGCAGAACUCUGUGUGUAGGGCUGUUCUCAGUGAACUAAGAGGAAGAGUCUUCCAGAGAACAUCUGAUGGUUUUGACUCUGUGCCACUGAAGACCUCUUCUGGUACCAUUGACAUGGAUCUUUAGAAGUGGAUUACCUACCUCUCAUGCCUUUGCUGCAGGAUACUUUGGGACUUCUCUUUGGCUAAUACCUGCACUUUUAUGAACUUGCCAUGUGGCCUUAUCGAUAUUCUUUAACUUCAGCUUCUUAUUGUACUUUUUUAAGAUGAAAAUUUUAACAUUCUCCCAAAAGCAAAACUGUGCCAAAUACAAGUGUGCUUUUAAAACUAAAUGUAGAUAUAUAUUUUUAUGUCUCUUGCACGCCAUGUCUCCUUUUCUGUGUUGUGGCCAAAAUUUGAGUUUUCCCCUUAACAGUUUUAUUCAAAGUGACAAUAUUUGCAUUUUAACUUUUUCCUCUGGCCACAAAUGGCUUGAACUACCCUAAAUUAUCAAUGUGGGCAUACACCUAAGGCUGCAGUCCUAGGAAUAAUCCCAUUCAACUUGGACUUACUUCUAAGCAGAUAUACAUAGGCUCCUGCUGUAAUUCUUCCUUCCAGACAAUCCUCCUUGUAAGGUGACUAUACCAUCUUAUCUGGCAAAAUACUUUCCAAAUGUGCUACUACAUUCAUAGUUUUGAAUGGGUUGUGUUAAGCCCCAUCUUCCUCAUUAAGGGCUUCUUGGCAGUGAAACUAUUUGGGUCUCAAAUUACCAACUUCUACACUGUACUCAGAUUGUUCUUACAGGCUAAUAUGGGGUGGGGUUUUUUUUGUAGUACAGAAAACCCCAGAGUAAGCUACAAUGAAUCUGUAGGUGUUUCUCAUUUACAGCAACCUUUUUCUAAACUGCUAGUAAUGCCAUCUAAACCUCCUUAAAUACCAUUUUGGCAAAAGAUCUGCUGUGGACUGAUCAGUAUGGAGAUUAUUAUACCUGGGAAGGAGUAUGUUUAAGCAUUGCAGAAUAUUACAGCAUAAAAAGAAUGGCUGGAUUUUCUUCAUCUUUUGUACAAAGGUAGCAUCUUUUAAGUAGAAAAUCCAUACAAGCAUGUGCCCUAUUACCACCUAAGUGGGGAUUGCCAGUCUAAUUGACAUUCUGUCAGUCUAGCAGGGCUUCCAAGAAAUCCUACUAGAUUUUCAGCAGAGGAGUGUGGAGGCAAUGACUGCAAUGAUCAAGUAUGCCCCCUAAGUAGCAGGCAGAAUGACAACCAGUCAUUUCUCUAUAUAGGCCAAGGGAUGUGGAAGAACUUUUGGGAGGGGGGGGGGCGAUCUCACCCUUGAAUUACAUACUUCAGUUAAGAGGCAAAUUUGGAUGUCUUUCACUUUCACUGGGGAAACAGAUGACAUGCUUUUAUGAAAUCUGGACAUAACCUCUUAUCUUUCAAUUUUAUGUAUGUUCCCUUUCCCAUUUCAGAGAGGAGAUUGUGGAAGAGCUGCAACAAUUUUUGCCAGUUUUGAUACAUACCAGUAUGUAGAUGCCUGUGAAAUGUUUCUGUAUAAUUAUUUGAAUUGUGGCAGUGGUGAGAUAACAAGGUAACUUUCACAUUCUACCCAUUCCUUUAUGGAUAUUAUGGCUUCUGAUCUGGAAAGUUUUAUUCUUUUUCAUUGGAGACUGGCAAUUAUUACUCUAAAGAAAAUGCCUUUUUUCUCUGUAUAUUGACUAAAUUUAAAACUAAAGCUUGGGGGAAAUAGUUUUUUUGGACUAAAACUCUGAGAAAUCCCCAAGGUUAUGGCACAAUGGGUUGUAGUGUUUUGUUUUGUUUUAAGGAACUUUUCAAGCUCUUUUAAAAACUCGUGCUCCUGGGUUAAGUCAACAUCUACUGGUAACCGCCAAGCCAGUGUUGACAGAUUUCAGUACUUCUGUUUGCUCUGUUAGGUUAGAAUAGUCCUUAAUAUUAAAGCAGUUUAAUAAAAGAAAUGAACAGAAACCCAUGCCCUCCUUUCAUAACGCAAUCAUAUAAAUGUCAAAUUAAAAUAAGUCCCAUAAAGUUCAACAGGCCUUAUUUACAGGUAAGCAGGUAAAGAACUGCAGCCUCAGUCAUUCAAGUUUCAUUUCAAUGAUAGUAUUUUUAAUUUUAUUGUAGAUGCCCCUGGAUUUCUACACCUCUGCUUUGCUCUCCUUGUAUUGUAUACUUUCCAUGCCUACAAAUGUUUCAAGGUCCUUUUAGAUUUGUACUUGCAAUCACAAACACAAAUGUGGUCAUUUUUACAGUACAAUUUCAUGCUGUGUUUUUAAAAAGAUAAAUGCCCAUAAUUUAUUUUGGAAGCAAACCUUUCUCUCCCAAGCAUCUAGCAGGAAAUGAUGCUGACACAAAGAAAGCUAAGUUGGUUUGGAUUGGAUUUUGUUUGCUGGGAUAAGUAAUUAUCAGCUGCUCUUACCUCAAUAUAAAUUAUUCAUAUUGGUUUAAAAGGAGACUUGAGAAAUCUUUCAAAAUAUCAUUUAAAAUAAUAUCAAACCAUACUGGAACUGGAAAAUAAGCAAUGGAUGUGGAAUCAUUGAACGUUUGAAUGUGAAUGAAGUACAGUGUCCCUCACCUUUAGCCAAAUUAAGGAGGGCUGAUGGGAAACACCCAGCUCUGAUUUAAGUCCAAGUGUCCACUGCUAGGUUGUGAUUGGUCAUAUUGGAAUUAAUAAGGAACAAGAAAGAGAUGCCAUAAUUGAAUUACAUAUGUGAAUGAUUAAGAAGAUCCCAAACACACAGGUCUCUGAUUGACUAAUAAGCAUUAUUUUGUAUACUGGCCUGCACAACUUGUGGUGCACAAAGCUGAAUGCAAUGAUGUAUUAUGGCAUGCCAGAUACUUAACAAUGUCUUUUUCACAGUCCUAGGGAAGCCAGCAAUAACAGAGGCUACAAAGCACUUGGAGCCGCAGACUUGGUAGGUCUGCUGCAUUUCACCUGAUAAGGUAGAAAUGAUAUAAACCGAUGGAAUAUAGUUUAAGCAUAAAUAAUAAUAAUAAUAAAACUUUAUUUAUACCCCGCCACCAUCUCCCCAAUGGGGACUCGGGGCGGCUAACAUGGGGCCAUGCCCAGAGCAAUACAACAUAAUAAAAUAUAAGAACAACAUAUCAUAACACCAUUUAAAAUACAAUAAAUAAUAAUAAACAGAACAUCAAGAAAUAAAAAAAAACAAAAAAACAAUAAAUCAAGGGCAGGCCGCUUGAACACAAAGAUAAAACCCGGAGUGAGAGGGACAGAGAAGUACUCCACUAUGGGCAGGGACAUUUGGAAGGGGUAAUCUAGAGGAUAGAAGUUCGGAGGGGAGUAAUACGGAGAUAUAUGACAGACAUUACUCACCGAAAGCACAAUGGAAGAGCCAUGUUUUUAAUUCUCUCCUAAAAGCUAACAGAGUGGGAGCUUGCCUUAUUUCAGUGGGAAGUGAGUUCCACAAUCGGGGGGCCACAGCAGAGAAGGCCCUCUCCCUUGUACUUACAAGGCGAGCCUGGGAUAUAGGCAAUGGUGAUAACAGGGCCUCUCCGGAUGAUCGCAAGGAACGGGCAGGUUUAUGGAAGGAGAUACGAUCACGGAGGUAGGUGGGUCCCAAACCGUUCAGGGCUUUAUAGAUGAUGGUCUGCACCUUGAAUUGGGACCGGAAGAUGAACGGCAGCCAGUGGAGCUCCUUAAACAAGGGAGCCACUUACAGCACUUAAAGUCACUUACAGCAAAUACAGCCAAAAUUGAGGAAUUCAGCAGUACCAUAAAUCUAUUUUAGAAGUCACUUUAUUCUUUUUAGUAUUUUUCCUAUAAUCAAAUUCCAGCCAGUUUCUAAGAGGAUACAAAGACCUGUUCCUGCACUAGUGAAUCUCACCAGUAGUUACUAAACAAACUCAGCACCUUCUCUCUUUGAACCACUAUUAAAUGUGGAUGCUAUACGUAUUAUUUCCAAAUUGAAAAAAAAGUACAUGGCAGCUGAACUGAAAGGAUACUUGAGGUUACAGUAAGGCAUUCAGAUUUGAAGGAUAAAUCUACGGUGUAUAGUGUUAAGGGACACUAUAGAAACAAAUGCCCUUUUAUUUGGUUAUAUUGUGCAACAACCUGGUUGCUGUUACAUUGUUCUGUCACGCCACAAGGUAUUUCAGGACAAUCAAAAGUAUACUGUUCCUUAUUCAGAGGUGAUUGAACCAGCACAAAAAAACCUAGUACCUUCUCUGAAUAUCUCAACCCUAAAUGCACAUGAAGACUUGGCCUAACGUGGAAAAGGUUUAGUAGAGCCUCAAUUUGCCAUAGGAAAAAAUGUCAAUGGUGAGGUAGGUAGUAUAGGAAAAUGUUCCAUUUCUCAGAGCAUUUUGGAAGAAAGGUCAAGAAAAACAAAAAUUGAUUGAAACUGACACAAAAAUAAGCAUUAAGCUAUUCCAGUAUUUUAAAAAGGAGGGGGGGGGAUUAAUGCAUUUGAAUUCUAUUGUCAAGUUAGAUAAUCUAAACUGCUCAAACUGAGUGAAAAAAUGUAUCUUCAUUCUCAGUAGUAGAUGUGGCAAAGAGAUAUCUUGGAUCAGUUUCAAGAGCAUCAGUACAUGUUACCAGGAUGGGUCCACUACAUUAUUAAAUAUUGGCAUUGUGUGUGUAUACACACACACACACAAUUUGUUAAGCAGUCUAGAAGAGGGUAAGAUAGAGAGACAACUGCACAACCUAAGACAAGCUGUAAAGUAGAACUUAAAAGAUAUAUAAUACUUACUGAAAUAAUUGAAAAGGGCAUAGUAUUUUAGAUUUGAUUUAGACAGUUGUAAUAUAUGUCAAGUGAAAGCAGCCAGUUAUUAAUUUAAUCAGAGGCUCGGGCAAUCAGUUUAGCAUACUUGUAACUUUGGUUUAGUUUUCUAAAUGCAAUAUAACAUGGAAAACAUGAUAUGUCCUGCAGAGUAUUGGGUGGGAGCAGUGACAAAGACAAAAAUCAAAACAUAAGACUGAUAAGAGGCAAUGGAUGUAAUCUUUGCCAAAUUGUUUAAAUUAAAUUGUGAUACAACAGUAAGCUGAAGGAACCACCUGUGGGAAUCUGGAAUUUUAGGAGCAGCAGCAGCAACUCUAAAGAUUCAGAGCCAUUCCUGCUGAAGAUCUUAGUAGCCACUUUCAAGAGUAAUGCCCAAAUGCCUAUUACAGAUAGAAAAUACAGAUGAACAAACAUUCCUUCUGGAGGGGUUAGGAAGCUGGAAAUGAACCUAAAAUAACUGGGAGGCUGAGAUGGGAAAAUAAAUUACUUGUCUUGGGCAUUGCAUUCCUUAGCCAAGUAACCAGUGGGAAUUUAGCUUAUUUUUAAUAUUUCAAAUUUCUUACCAGGCAUAUAGUAAAUAUCUAGACCUUCUAAUAUGUGCCAUGUAUAUGAUGUGGUCCUCCUCUGAUUUAUUUGAUGCAAUCCUGUCAUAUAGACUGAUCAGUAAGAUCAGAAAAAUACUUUUGCCUAUUUAAUAGUAUCACUGCUUCUGUUUUUUUAUGAAGUUGUGAUUUAUUAUUUUGGAUUUUUGUUUCUGCUAUAUUUUGUACAUGCUUGAAAAUGGUUUUUGGAUCAAACUGUAACCUUUACAAACUGUGACCUUUGUAAGAUAUGUGAUCAACAUGCCAGAUAUUUUUGUGUCCUAGAAUUAAUCUGCUAGGACUUUUGUGUAUGUGGACAAGUUAUAAACGUGUUAUUCAGGGACUACAAUACCUUUCUUACACAGAUGACAAUGAAUUUUUGCAACUCUGUAUGUUACAGAAUUGAUUGGAUUAUAUUUAUAAAAGUGUGUUUUUUCAGCUUUGUGAUGAUAAAACUGCAGGUUAUCUUGCUCUGUGUGCAAGAUUUCUUUUAUAUAUGAUCUUAAUAGAAUUUUAUAGUUUCUGGAGGCAAGAGUUGCAUGUACAUUUUUGGUUUUAAAACUAUGUACUUUCUGACUAUUUUAAUGUGAGCAACCUCUCUUUUGAGAGAGGAGUGAGGUAAAAGAGAAAGUAAAGAUACAGUUCUUGAUCCCUA